AUGGCGAGCAACACAAAACCACUAACGCUCUACUCCCACGCCGGUGGCCCCAACCCAUGGAAAGUAGCCAUCAUCCUCAACGCCCUCUCCAUCCCCUACGAAAACAAACUCAUGGACUUCCCGGACCUGAAAAAAGCCCCCUUCGAAGCCAUCAACCCCAACGGCCGCGUCCCCGCCCUCGAGGACCCAAACACCAACACCACCGUCUGGGAGUCGGGAGCCUGCAUCGACUACCUGCUGGAGACCUACGACACCUCUAACACCUUACACGCCAAAUCCGGGCCUCAAACAUGGGCCCAGAAAUCCUGGUCUCAUUUCCAGACUUCGGGCCAGGGACCUUACUACGGCCAGCGCGCCUGGUUCGUGCUCUACGCCCCGGAGAAAAUCGAGCUCUGUCUCAACCGCUAUAGCGAUGAGAUCAAACGCGUGCUUGGCGUGAUCGAUAGGCAUCUCAAGUCCUCCGGGCAGAAAUUCCUCACGGGCAAUGAGGCGAGCUAUGCGGAUCUCAUGUUCGUGCCGUGGCAUUGGUUGCUGUUGCAGAAACCUUUUAUCAACGGGGAGGAGUUCCCGAAGGAAUUCCAGAGUUCAUUCCCAACGGCUUGGGAGUGGCAUAAGAGAUUGUCCGGGAUUGAUGCUGUGGAGAAGGCGAGGGAGGCAAGGAAUCAGGCUAUGAGUAAGGGACACUGA